UUUCUCUUCUGUCUUUUUCUCUCUUUCUCUCUCCUCAAUGCUUCAGUUCUACUUUUCCUCAUCACCAUCAUCAUGGGUUUUUUAAGUUUCAAACACCCCACGAGAGAAUAAAGUUUAGAGAGGAAUGAAUCUCUCUAUCUCUCUCUAACCAAAUCACAAAGGCAUAAAUUCCACAACCUUCAUUUAAAGCCGGCCCAAAACAACACACGACUGAUUCAAGUGACAAAAGUGUGUGUGAGAGGGAAAGAGAGAGAGAGAGCCGAUCUCUGCCUCAAACGUAUCUGACAUUGAUUUAGUUCUCUCCUCCACGCAAUAAACCCCACAUGUUGAAUUUGGUUAGGAUUUGAGUUGAAGAUGCAGUCAAGGGUGGGGGGAUUGGAGGAAGGCAAGGACCCUGGUGGUAGUUUAUUAAAAACCAGGGCCUUGCCAUUCAGGCUGAUCCAAUUCCUGUUAAUGUUUGUGGUUCUGGGUCUCGGGGUUUCGAUUUUGAGUAUGCAUACAAUCCGGUAUUUUGGAGUUCAACAUAUGGCUCCAGCAGAACCAUCUACUAUGAGGUCAUGUUUUGCAGAGCCAAACACAUUAGAGAGCUGGAUUAGACCUCCAUCGAGUCUGUUGCAUAACAUGAAUGACACUGAGUUGCUGUGGCUGGCCUCAAUGGCUCCUCAAGUAAAGGAAUAUCCGUUCAAAAGAGUUCCCAAGAUUGCUUUCAUGUUUUUGACCAAGGGACCUUUGCCGAUGGAGCCUCUUUGGGAGCGGUUUUUUAAAGGGCACGAGGGGCUUUACUCGAUCUAUGUCCAUUCAUUGCCGUCUUAUACUCCCAACUUCUCAGCUACGUCAGUGUUUUACAAGAGACAAAUCCCAAGCAAGCUCGCAGAGUGGGGAGAGAUGAACAUGUGUGAAGCUGAGAGAAGACUCCUAGCUAAUGCAUUGCUUGACAUCUCAAAUGAAUGGUUUAUUCUCCUUUCAGAGUCAUGUAUUCCUCUGAGCAACCUCAGCAUUGUCUACCAUUACUUAUCGAGAUCAAGGUAUAGCUUUAUGGGUUCAUUUGACGAGAUUGGACCUUAUGGGAGAGGACGCUAUAAUGAACACAUGGCCCCUUUGGUCAAUCUCAGUAAUUGGCGUAAAGGGUCCCAGUGGUUUGAGAUCAACCGGGAACUUGCACAUAUGAUUGUUCAAGACGUAACUUACUACCCUGUAUUCAGAGACUACUGCAAACCUGCAUGUUAUGUAGAUGAGCACUACUUUCAGACGAUGCUUACCAUCGAGACUCCAUAUCUUUUGGCAAAUAGGACUCUUACUUAUGUUGACUGGUCAAGAGGUGGUGCUCAUCCAGCUACAUUCGGUAAAAAUGAUAUUACAGAAGAGUUCUUUAAGAAGAUUACUACAAGCGAACAAUGUCUCUACAACAACCAGCCGACCUCGCUCUGUUUCCUUUUUGCUAGAAAGUUUGCUCCAAGCGCUUUGGAGCCUCUGUUAGAAUUAGCAUCUAAAGUUUUUGGAUUUUGACAUAAGAUUGUCUUCACCGCAGAUGGGAGCGUGAAUGUAGUUUUGAGUUAACAACAGACUUGUCUGCUGAGAUUGGUUCCUUUCCACCAAGAUUUAUUAGGAUUUUUUAGACCUCAAUGUCAAAUCAUAUUGUAUGUAUAGAAAAAUUAGGACAAAAGAUUUAGCAUCCUAGAAAAUUUUUCUGCUAAAAUAAUAUAUGUAUCUGGUUGGGAUCCUUAUUGAAUGAAGUGCCGUUGAAUCAUUGUUUAAUAAAUU